GGCUAGAGAGAAAGAAAGAAGAAGAAGAGGAGGAAAAGCAAGAGAGGCCAAGAGAGGAAGGAGGAGAUCACGUCUAAGCUUAAGGUGCAGCAAGGAGAAGGCUAUUUCAAUCAUCUCUUCCAUCACCAAUCCUUCAUCCUUUCCAAACCCAAGAUCUAAGAUGGUGGAGGUCAAUAGCGUAGUGACCUCGUGGACGAUAGAUUUGCAUGACCAGCACAAGGACAAUGCCUGGCAGACCGACUCUGCCAAGGUACGUCACCUUUAUGUCGGCAGCGCUACGAUCACGGGACGUGACCGACACGGGAACGUCGUCGAGACACAGAUCAUGGAAUGGGGCAAGGUCAAGAUGCCCUUCGCACCAUGUCGCUUCUUGCAUCUAGGAGAUGAGGGUUCUUGCUCGAACUCUCCACAGUGGGUUGCAGGAGAGGAGGGUUCUUCACGGGCGUUCGGGGUACCAGAUUGGUGGGCACGCAUUGGCGACUUUCCAGCUCCGCCUCCAGAGUCCCUUCCAGUUCCUACUGAGCCUAUGGAGGACUUUGCUCCACGGUACGUUACAGUAGCUGAUGCACCUGGGGAUGCCGAGACGGAGGGAAAUGGAGAUGCACCAGAGGUCAGGGCUCCUGUGAAGAAGCGCUAGAGA